AAGAAAUCAGCCGACCAACAAAGUGUAUCUAAUUAUUCCGAAGCAUCAAAUCGAUCUCUUACAAGCUCAUCCGGAAGUUCAUCUGAAGAAAUGUGUCUUCAUGUAGCAAUGGAAAUUCGUGAAUUAGGUGGGAAUAUUAAGAAGGUUACGGUUCAAAGGUUUUAUGAGAGAAAUAUCAAGAAGAAGGAUGGGUACAUUAGUACUUUAUAUGCUAUUGGUUUAUAA